AUGCCUCGCCAACACAACAGGACCUUCAUCUUUCUGCUCGUGGCAGUGGCCUUGUCGCUCACAUCAGCCCACGCCGAAGUCAUCGAUGGAGUGACCACCCAGUGGUGUACCCAACUCAACCUGUCUCCGGACGCCAACAACACCAUCGUCCUAGGCAGCUCACUCUCGAUGCCGUGCGUGACCAACAAGAGCGUCACCUUCCUGGGCACCAGCCCAACGGCCACCAAAGUCUCGACCGGCAUUCUCAGCCUCAAGACCUCCGGCUACGUUCAGAUCCAAGACGUCACCUUCAGUUCGGCGUCGGUCACGAUCGAGAACGCUGCCCAGCUCACCCUGACCAACGUCCAGCUGGUCUCCGUCUCGUUCCUGUCCGAUGCCGCGCUCACUCUGCGGAAUGUCAACCACGCCGAGCUGGCCUCGGUCACGGUCGCCCGCAACCGGGCCUCGGUGGCGCCCGUCGCCCUCCAAUCGUGCGCGAGCGUGAUCGUGCGCGAUUCGAGCUUUGCCGGCAACGACGCCGGCUCGGUCGGGGCCAUCAGCGCCGUCGACGUCGGACUGCUCACCAUGGCCGACUCGAGCUUCGCCCACAACUCGGGCGGCGCGCUGGCCCACGUCAUCAACGCGAGCGACACGCACGUCGCGCUGGCCCGCUGCACGCUGGUGUCGAACGGCGGCCUGCUCGCAACCGACCGCGAUCUGGUGGCGGUGUCGGGCGGCAGCCUGGCGAUGGACGCGUCGCAGGUGAGCCUCAACUGGGGCGCCACCGUGGCGCUGCGCGGUCUGGUCGCGGCGUCCAACGUGACGGGCUCGUCGUUCGAGCUCAACUUCAACCCGCGCCAGCGGUCGCUGAUCGACGUCGACGGCUGCGCGGGCGGGCUCACCAUCGCGCGCUCCACGAUCUCCUACAAUCUCGGCGGUGGGCUGUCGGUGCAGGACUGCGCGGUGGGGGUGGACCAGACCAAGGUGUGGGCGCAGGGCAGCUUCGGGAUGGCUUGCGGGGACCAGGGCUCCAUCAACGCGCCCUCCACGUCCGUCUACAAGAAUGGCUGGACCAUCAAUCUGCUGGGAGCGUCCAAGUUUGUCGAUGCCACUUGCACACCCGGGUUCAAUGUGAGCUGCCCUGAUGGUCUCAACAAGUGUAGCCAGUGCCAGGUGAGCGCCGGCUGCAUUGAUUGCAACGGCUUGCCCUUCGGCACCGCCUCGAAUACGACGUGCGCUAAGUGGAACACGCUGAAGUCGAGCGGCGCGCGGGUGAGCUACGAUAGCUCUACUUCGCCGGCGUGCUCCCUCACGGCAGUCUCUGAAAACAAUGACGCCUUCACGGGUGCGUCGAUGGAGUUCGACUACGAGGCCGUGACGGUGUACUACCUGAACACAUCAAGCAACGCCGAGGUGGCCCUCUACCGCUUCCCCAUCAACGACAGCGACUACACCCGCACACGGGGCAACUCGACGGACGACCAGUUCUGCAUCAACUACGAGCGGGUGCUAGACAACGGGGCCGGCCUGCUGCUGCAGCAGUGCCUCUUCGACGUCGCUCAGUCCGUGCUCUUUGGCAACCAGACCAUCACCGUGCCUCAGGACCACGUCAAGAUCACGGUCAGUCUGUCAAACAUGGUCGCCUUCGACAAUCAGACGCAGGGCCUCUACCCCGGUGACAUCGACAUCGCGACGCGGCGGGUGGCGGUCGAGUUGCGCCUGCGCAUGAGCCAGGCGGGUACCAUGGGAGCCGUGCCCGCCGGCGCGACCUACUUGGAGGCCCAGCGGUUCGUCGGCGGCGACUUCGACAUGGCCAUGGAGCUGCCCAACUACGCCGUCUUCAACGACGACGCCUCGACCUUUGCCUACAGCCUCAACUCCACUUCAUCAUCAUCGUCUGCUUCAUCGUCGACCCAGUACGCGCUGGUGCUGGAGUUCACCGGCGCGUUCGACUCUGUGUACUACGACCCGCAGUUCGGCUUGCUCCUCGACGCCAACAACGGCGGCGGAGACGACAGCAUUCUGGUGGAGGUGCUGGUGCCCGUGCUGGUGGGCGGGGCACUGCUGGUCGUGGUCCUGUUUGCCAUCGGCUUCGUCGCGUGGGUGGUGUGGCAGAAGCGCAAGACCAACAUCGCGCACCAGCACCGCGACAUGAUCAACUUUUCGGUCGAAGGCAGCAACCAGCCCGCAGCAUAA